AUGACAUACUUCAAUCCAAAAGCCGAAACUGAAUUAAUAGUCGAUGCCAGUCCAGUUGGAAUUGCAGCAAUUAUGCUUCAGAAUGGCAAAGUUGUCUGCUAUGCUAGCAAGUCACUUACUGACGUAGAAAAACGUUAUUCCCAAACAGAACGAGAAAAUCUAGCCAUUGUCUGGGCUAUUGAACAUUGGCAUAUCUAUUUGUAUGGACAUUCAUUCACUUUAAUCAGUGAUGCCAAAGCACUCGAACAUAUUUACGCGAAUCCUAAGUCGAAACCACCUGCAAGACUUGAACGUUGGAGAAUGAGACUACAGGCUUAUGAUUUUCGUGUGAAAUACAGAUCUGGAGAAUCAAACAUGUCCGAUUAUUUGAGUCGACAUCCAGAUGCUGCCAGUUCAAAACAAUCAAAACAAUCAAAACAUGCGGAAGAACACAUCUCAUUCAUUGCUCACCAUUGUGUUCCGAAGGCAGUAACAAUGAAGGAAAUUAUAAGUGCAACGCGCGAUGACAGUGAUUUACAAACAGUCAUAUCAAAUGUCAAAAGUUCGAAGUGGACAAAAUCGCAAAACAGUGUAAUUGAUACAUUUGCAAGAUGCAAAAAUGCUCUGACAGUAGUUUAUCUUGAAGAUGGUGAAAUAUUACUUCAUGAAUCAAAGCUCGUGAUACCAAAAUCAUUACAAGAUAAGGUAAUUAAUAUAGCUCAUGAAGGACAUCAGGGUAUUGUGAAAACGAAACAGCUAUUACGCGAAAAAGUGUAUUUUCCGGGAAUAGAUAAGCAAGUCGAAAAGAAAUGCAAAAGUUGCAUACCAUGCCUUGCUGCAACGAAAACAAAUUCGUCAGAACCAUUGAAUAUGAGUGAAAUGCCGGAAUAUACAUUUCAGCAUGUUAGCUUGGAUUUUGCAGGACCUUUUCCGAAUGGGAAAUACUUCCUUGUUCUGACAGACGAAUAUUCAAGGUUUCCAAUAGUAGAAAUUAUUAACUCAACCUCUUCAAAGACAGUCAUUCCUGUAUUAGACAAGAUAUUCUCAGAAUUUGGAAUUUGCGAAGUUCUAAAAUCAGAUAAUGGUCCGCCAAUGAAUGGACACGAAUUUGCACAAUUUGCGAAUAAUAUGGGAUUCAAACAUAGAAAAAUUACUCCAUUAUGGCCGCAAGCGAAUGGUGAAUGUGAACGUUUCAUGCGAUCGAUAGGUAAAGCAAUACGCGCAUCUCAUGCUCAGGGUACAUCUUGGAAACAAGACAUGUAUUCAUAUUUACGAAAUUACCGUGCUACACCACAUGCUUCCACAAACAUUUCACCAGCUGAAUUGUUUUAUGGACGUUCAAUAAACAUCAAAAUACCGAGUGUUCAAAAACCUUCAAAACAAGGAGACAAACAUAAGAAAGCAAGACAAUCUGACAAAAAGGCUAAGCAAAAAAUGAAGUCUUAUACUGAUACUAGACGUCAUGCAAAACCAUCAAAUCUGAAAAUUGGUGACACAGUACUUGUCAAACAAAAGAAGGACAAUAAACUUACACCACCAUUUGACCCGCGUCCGUAUGAAAUCAUUUCUAAAAAAGGAACAAUGAUUACAGCAAAACGCGAGGACAAGCAAAUUACUAGAAAUUCAUCAGAAUUCAAAAACGUAGAAAAUCCACCAGCGUUACCAUCAUCAUCAUGA